CCCGCCGGCAGAGGUCCCUUGGCCGCCUGACUAACGGGCUGACUGACUGCAGCGGCUUCGGGUCCGGACGCUCGGAGCGGGGCGGCGCGGUGAGCUGAGCCAUGGCCUCAGGUAGUAAUGAACCACGUAUAGAGAUAAUUGAACAACCCAGGCAGAGGGGAAUGCGUUUUAGAUACAAAUGUGAAGGGCGAUCAGCAGGCAGCAUUCCAGGGGAGCACAGCACAGACAACAACCGAACAUACCCGUCUAUCCAGAUUAUGAACUACUAUGGAAAAGGAAAAGUGAGAAUUACAUUAGUAACAAAGAAUAUCCCACAUAAACCUCAUCCUCAUGAUUUAGUAGGAAAAGACUGCAGAGAUGGCUACUAUGAAGCAGAAUUUGGACAAGAACGCAGACCUUUGUUUUUUCAAAAUUUGGGUAUUCGAUGUGUAAAAAAAAAAGAAGUAAAAGAAGCUAUUAUUUCAAGAAUAAGGGCAGGAAUCAAUCCUUUCAAUGUCUCUGAGCAAGAGCUGCUUGAUAUUGAAGACUGUGACCUCAAUGUCGUGAGAUUAUGUUUUCAAGUUUUCCUCCCUGACGAACGUGGUAAUUUGACAACUGCUCUACGUCCUAUUGUCUCUAACCCAAUUUAUGACAACCGUGCUCCUAAUACUGCAGAAUUAAGGAUCUGUCGUGUAAACAAGAACUGUGGAAGUGUCAGAGGAGGAGAUGAAAUAUUUCUACUCUGUGACAAAGUUCAGAAAGAUGACAUAGAAGUUCGGUUUGUGUUGAACGAUUGGGAAGCAAAAGGUAUCUUUUCACAAGCUGAUGUACACCGUCAAGUAGCCAUUGUUUUCAAGACUCCACCAUAUUGCAAAGCUAUAACGGAACCGGUAACAGUAAAAAUGCAGUUGCGAAGACCUUCUGACCAGGAAGUUAGUGAAUCUAUGGAUUUUAGAUAUCUGCCAGACGAAAAAGAUACAUAUGGCAAUAAAGCAAAGAAACAAAAAACAACUCUCCUUUUCCAGAAACUGUGGCAGGAUUGUGGAGUUAAUUUUCCUGAAAGACCUAGACCUAGUCCCUUAGGAUCAACUGGAGAAGGAAGAUUCAUCAAAAAAGAACCAGUCUUGUUUUCGCAUGGUGCAGUUUUGACAGAAACAUCCGGGCCAGUUUCAAGUCAAGCAGAAUCCUACUAUUCCUCAUCUGCGCCCAUCUCCAGUGCAUUGCCACAUCAUGCUUCGGCCAUACCCCCAAUGGUACCUCAGCCUUCUUCAAGCUGGUCAUCAGUGGCCCACGCCACCUCACGUUCAGUCAAUACAAAUUCACUGAGUAGUUUUUCGACAGGGACACUUUCCUCUAAUUCACAAGUUAUCCCACCAUUCCUGGAAAUGUCUGUUGUGAGUGAUUUGAAUGUGUCUAAUGCUUGCAUUUAUAACAAUACUAAUGACAUAGGCAGAAUGGAAGCAUCAUCCGUGUCACCAGCUGACUUAUAUGGUAUUUCUGAUGCCAGCAUGCUGCCUAAUUGCCCUGUGAACAUGAUAACGCCCAGUAAUGACAGCAUGAGGGAGACUGAUAAUCCAAGACUUGUGAGCAUGAAUCUUGAAAAUCCUGCUUGUACUUCAGUGUUAGACCCAAGAGACUUAAGACAGCUCCAUCAGAUGUCCUCUUCCAGGAUGUCAGCAGUCGCCAGUUCUAGUACUACUGCUUUUGUUUCACAGUCAGAGGCAUUUGAGGGAUCUGACUUUAAUUGUGCAGAUAACAGUAUGAUAAAUGAGUCAGGACCAUCAAACGGUACUAAUCCAAACAGUCAUAGUUUUGUUCAAAAUAGUCAGUAUUCAGGUAUUGGCACUAUGCAGAAUGAACAAUUGAGUGACUCAUUUGCAUUCGAAUUUUUUCAGGUUAACUUGUAAGAUAUAAAUGGUGAUUGAAGAAUUAAAUCCCUUUAAAGGUAACCCUUUUGAUAUUACCUUUAUAAAUACAACAUUAUAUAUUUCUCUAAGACUAUACUACAGUAUAUCGUGGACCCUUGAACAACACGGGUUUGAACUGUGCGGGCAGGUCCAGUUAAUACUCACAUUUUCUUCACUAAAUAUGUAGUGCAGUACUACACGA